AUGGCAACAACACAUUUCCCAACAGCCGAGACUCUGAAGACGCUGACCUCCCUCACCAUUGGAGACCGAACCUACCCGUGCGCAGCUUACGUGGCAGCCCCACCGGGCGCUACCAGAGGAGUCAUCACAAACGCCUAUGACGACGAGACCCCAAUGCAACUCUACCAAGACCUGUUACUGCGUGCCGCCAAGGCAGUACCACUCGCCAAGCCAUCUGUGCCUACAAACGGCGCGUUUCCGUCCUUUCGCAGCUUCAGCACGAGCCCGUACGAGACGUACACGUCGUGGAACUUGCUCCUUGGCGCCACCGUGAGCUGGACGAGCACGUACUGCGCCAGCCAGACGCAGCUUCAACGUUACUCGAGCAUCGGCUCGGUGCAAGAUGCUCGCAGGGCCCUUUUGCUGAAUAUCCCGGGCGUGGCUUUGACUCUGCUAAUGUCUGUGUUGUCGGGGCUGACCAUCUACGCUGUGUACUGGGACUCUGACCCUAUGCUCACCGGGGACAUCGACAAGCCGGACCAGCUGAUGCCGUACAUAGUGCAAGACUUGCUACGCUGUUAUCCGGGGCUUAGCGGGCUGCUAGUGGCCGCCGUCUUCAGUGGUUCGCUCAGCACACUAUCCUCCGGCUACAAUGCUCUGGCCGCUGUGACCUGGCACGACUUCGUUCGUCCCAAGGUAAACAUCACUGAAGCCGCUGCUCUGAGAGUUACUAAGUGCAUGGCCGCGGCGUAUGGCUUGCUUUCAAUUGGGAUCGCUUUUCUCGCUGGAGCCACGGAGUCUAUAGUGCACGCAACGGCAUCGCUGGUGGGAGCCCUGUCCGGUCCUCUUCUGGCCAUCUUCUUUCUGGGCAUCUUCUUUCCCUGCUGCAGGAAGAAGGGUGCCAUGGCAGGCAUCCUCGUCGGCAUCGCUAUCUCUGGCUGGCAGGCGCUAGGCUCCAUCGUGUACCCUCGGCAAGCGGACGCGCUGCCUACGUCAACCGCCGGGUGCUCAAACUUCAACCGAACCAUCCACGCUGGAUCUUACGAGUCACCUCCCGCGCCAAGUGGGAUGCUGCGGUUCUACCACAUCUCGUUCAUGUGGGUCGUGCUAGUCGGCUUUCUCACCCACAUGAUCGUGUCGUUGGUCGUCAGUUUCGUCUUUGAACGCAACGAGAAGGACUGCGUGGAUCCCCAAUACAUCUGCCCCUUCAUACGUCCAUGCAUGAGAAACUACGCCCGGUGCAGUAAGGACGCUGACAACGCACUCGGGGAGCAAGUGCCGACGGUCAGUACAUCUUUAGAGCGCAGUCAUUGCUGUCGGAGUGGUCUGCACUACUUAAACCCGGCCACCAUGAAGUAUGCGAACACUCUCGUGCAUCUUAGUUACGCGUACACUUAAUAAAUGACAAUAGGGGUGGGGAGGCUAAGUUUCAACAGGAGAAACGAAGCUUCAUUUUGUAGUUAUGCAUGGUCAAGAGCGAAAGAAACGACGGUAACGGUUUACAGCGAUAGCAGUUAUACCGUGAUGAAACAGGCAUUAUGCACGCCUGAUCGACAUUUCAAAGGCGGGAAAUACGGAAAUCGCAAUGGAUUAAGCUCGCCACGUGCCUUCAGAUAUUAUAUUUAACUACCAAGAGAGCU